AUGGAGGCCGUCAAGAACACUGUCGGCAAGGCCACUGGUGGUGCCAUUGGCAACAAACUUCCAACUCGCAAGCUGGGAAAGAAUGGACCUCAUGUCACAGCUCUCGGCUUCGGCACCAUGGGCCUGAGUGCCUUCUACGGCAAGCCGAAACCAGACAAUGAGCGAUUCGCGGUCCUGGACAAAUGCUAUGAGGAGGGCGAACUAUUCUGGGACUCUGCCGAUGUGUACCAGGACUCUGAAGAUCUGCUCGGCAAGUGGUUCAAGCAAAACCCGGGCAAGCGAGAGCACAUCUUCCUUGCGACCAAAUUCGCCAACCGUAGAGACGAGAACAACCAGCUCUUCGCGGACAGCUCGCCGGAGUACUGCCGACAAGCUUGCGAGAAGUCGCUUUCUCGGUUAGGUCUGCCUUUCAUCGACCUUUACUACGCCCACCGCCUCGAUGGCAAGACCCCAAUCGAGAAGACGGUUGAAGAGAUGAAGAAGUUGAAGCAAGAAGGCAAGGUCAAGUACCUUGGUCUCUCCGAAUGUAGUUCCGAAUCGCUCCGCCGAGCAUGCAAGGUCGAACACAUCGACGCAGUUCAGAUCGAAUACUCGCCUUUCAGUCUUGACAUUGAAUCGCCACAGAUCGGUCUGUUGAAGACCUGCCGAGAGCUCGGUGUCGCGGUCGUAGCCUACUCUCCGAUCGGUCGUGGUAUGCUGGGUGGCACUAUCCGGUCUCCUAAAGAUUUUGAGGAAGGAGAUUUCAGGACUUUCGCACCAAGAUUCUCAGAGGAGAACUUCCCAAAGAACCUCGAGCUCGUCGAUCGUAUCACCGAACUUGCGCAGAAGAAGGGUGUGACGCCUUCGCAGCUGACGUUGGCAUGGAUUCUUGCUCAAGGUGACGACUUCUUCCCCAUUCCUGGCACCACGAACAUCGACCGCUUGGUGGAGAAUGUGGGAUCUUUGAAGAUCAAGAUCAGUGCCGAUGAGGAGAAGGAGAUUCGCAAGGCUUGUGAGAAUGCCACUAUCAGUGGAGGACGAUAUCCAGAGGCGUUUGGCAAGGCACUCUUCGCCGACACUCCACCUCUCUGA